AUGUUGCUGGGGCUCUUACCGAUAGGGGACUUAUGCCAUCCAACUAUAGAAGGGAUAAAGGUUGAAGAUCUACAAAUACUGAAGGACAUUAAGGAGAUUACAGGCUUCCUGUAUAUAUAUGGGGCCCCAGUUAAAGAUCUUUCCUUUCUUUCAGGCCUUGAGACAAUCUAUGGACGUAAACACUCGUUCGGAUCAGGAAUUACGUUAUCUACUUUGCACGUGGAAUGGCUGGGGCUCACGUCUUUGAAAAAGGUUUGGAACGGGGACGUAAGGAUCGUCUUGAACAGCCAUCUCUGUUAUAUUGAGGACUUAGAUUUAAGCCCUAUUUUAGCAUUCCCCUACCAGAAGUUUAUUCUCGCACACAAUAAGGGGAAAGCCGAGUGUGAUGCCCAGGGUCUUAAAUGUCAUUCUGAGUGCUCGGCUCAUGGAUGCUGGGGUCCGGGACCAGACAAAUGCCUAAAGUGUAAAGCAGCCAACAUGGCAGUAAAUAAUACAUGUUUGGCAACCUGUGAUGAUGUACCUAUGGUUUAUCAGGCAGAAAAUAACGCAUGUAAGCAAUGUCAUAUCCAGUGUGCAGGUGGUUGCUCUGGUCCGGGUCCCGACCAAUGCUUUGACUGUAAGAAAGUAAAAGUUCUUGGGCAGAACAAAACAUUUGAAUGUAUGACAGAGUGUCCAAUGACUGUAGGACAAUUAUACUUAUACCCUGGCGAGAACGGGAUAUGUCGUCAGUGUGAUACAUCGUGUGACAAGGGAUAUUUGGAUAUUGAUGCCCAUUUCAGACGUAUAAAACUGAUAUCAGUUACUCAGAUUCUGACCAUGCACAUGAAAUGUACUUGCUUUUUAUGUGUAAUAUUCAAUGCUAUCUACCCUUGUCAUGUGGAGCCUUCAAACACAGAUGAUCUGAAAGAUGAUGAUGCCCACAUGAUGGUCAACCCACGCUUUAAAGAUAUCUUUGAUAGACAGAAAGUAUGUCAACCAUGUUACCAUCUUUGUUUGGAAUGUAAUGGACCAGGGAAUGCAAAUUGUCCUUUAUGCAGAUAUUACAAGUACACCAACAUAUAUUCGAUUUGUUUAAAGGAAUGUCCUGUUGAUACAUAUCCAUACCAGAAUCAAUGUCUUCAUUGCAAUGAUCAAUGUUUGGAUGGUUGCCGUGGUACCCAAUCACAAGAUUGUUAUAACUGUCUCAAUUUCAAGGUCUUUGUUGAUGAGGAUAUGCAUAAGUUUUCCUGUGUAGAGAAAUGUCCUGAUGACCUACCCCAUUUAGUGGAAGAUAAAGAUCUAGACAAACCAACAAUGACAGUCUGUGCCUCAGAUGACCAUCCAGAAGUAAAAGCAAGAGAUGCAAAAAGAAAAGAUGAAAAGAGACAGCAUGCUAUAGGUAUAGCAAUAGCUGUCGGUUUGCCUGUUUUUAUCGUUAUAAUUUCUGUCGCAUGCUGCUGUGUUUGGAAGUGUAGAAGACAACGUAUACAACAAAUGGCCAAGAGGACAGAAGUGGUUGAUACAGAGGUACCACUUGUUUCUGGGGCAUUAAAUAAAGAAAUACCACAACCGAUCCCUGAAAAGCAAUAUGGUCAUCGUAAAUCUGCAUCUGAUGCAAAACAACAAAGAGACGAGGUUGAUGGUAGAGCUCCUCAAAAGGACGAGGUUGAUGGUAGAGCUCCUCAAAAGGACGAGGUUGAUGGUAGAGCUCCUCAAAAGGACAAGGUUGAUGGUAGAGCUCCUCAAAAGGACGAGGUUGAUGGUAGAGCUCCUCAAAAGGGUGAGGUUGAUGGUAGAGUUUUGUUUCAUUCUCCUUAAAUGGGUGUCAAAUAGCAAGUGCCUUCUCGAGGUUUCAAAGCUCCUGUCACAUAGUUUUUGACCCGAGACGACCAAUAUUCAAAUCCUGCAGAUGGUGUGAACAAGUUUAAAACAGAAUCCUAGAACUUAGUGAUAAGGUGAUCCUGCAAAUAAGAAAGUCCAGAGAUGAGAAGUGGAAUACCUAUGACACUAGUAGACUUCUAAAAACAAUAUAUUCUAAACAAGCUGCAGAAAAGUUGAAUUCUAAAAUAGUUUUUUCUUUCUUUUUUAUUAUUCUCUUUUCAUUUCAUUUUUGGUCAGAUUAUCAUAAUAAAAUACUGUAAUGUUACACUAUAGAUAUAUACUGAAUGUUAGAUUUUAUGUUUUUGGAGUUUGAUUGUUUUUGUUGUUUUUUUUACAUGCAUACAUUACAUUUUCAGUUAACAAAGGUAACAGUUUGACAAAAAUAAAGUAAACUCUUCCUUAUACGGAUAGUAUGUCAAAUGUUUUCAUUUUUCAAUGCCUAAAUAUAACUGCUGCCAAAUUAUUACGGUAAAACAGAUAUCGAAUGUUUUUACCCUGUCUCCAGUUAAACAAUUUCAAACAAUUAGAUGCUGUUGUAUUAUUAUUUACAUAUUAACUAUAUUAGCAAAUGGGUUACCCUAUCACUAAAAAUGUACAUUAUAAAUGUUAUUUUGAGGUAAAUGAUAAAAAAGCUUUACAGUUCAUACAUGUAUAUUACAAUAAAUUAACAACAUAUAUACAUAUGUGCCAGAUGUUUCAAGUUGAAUGUAUAUACGGGAGAUAUAUCCUAUUAAUGAUUAAAAUAUUAGGCAUAUGUACUUAGAUAUGCAUUGUACAAAAGAAAGUCUGACUUUCAUACUGUUUUUAUUUUUCUGAUUACUCCCACUUUUAUUUUAACAUUAUAAUGAAUCCAUUAACAAACUCUUUCUUAGUAAUUAUAUAAAUUUUACAGUGAAAUGAAAGGUUGAGAAACACAUGUGUAUGAAGCGGUAUUUUUUGUAUUAUUUUUGUCUUUUCUCUUUCUUUUUAAUGUAAAAUAAUUGAACAUAAAUUACAGCCACAAAGAGUAUGAUGGUGGAUUAUUUAAAUAUGAUACAAACUAUAUACAUACUAUACAUGUACAACAGAUGUAGCUCUUUCUAUAUCUUCAGACAAUUUAAUUAUACAGAGAUAUGUAAAGAUAUUAUCUUAAAAAAACACACAAUCCACAAUUAACAUGUAGAGCAUGCUUGCAGUACUCUAUUUAUUUAUUUAUUGAUUUAUUUCAAAUUUUCAUUGAUAUUUCUCUUUUAAAUGCUUUUUGCUAAGACUUUUCAUUUAUCAAAACAGGUCAAAUGAUCUUAAAACUCUUACUUCUCAGUAAUUUCAAUCAAUACUGUACUAAUUAUAGUCUAAUAUUUAAAACAAAUAGAUUAUUUAUUCUGAUUGUAUACAAAACCAACCAGCACAGAAAAGACGUAAAUUAUGUAUAUUUUCAAUACUGGAACUUAAAGCUGAAUUUAAUCUUAUUUACAUAUGGCGCGAACUUCAUAUCGAAACUAAAAAAGUUACAUGGCGUACUCAAAAUCUUAGCAAACAAAGUAGGCUUGAUUUUUUUUCUUAUCUCCGAAAAUCUUUUUAAGUGUCUAUGAAUCUAGGAUAGAUUUUGGAUACAGAAGUGACCAUUCUAUUGUCUGUCUUAUAAUAAAAACCAUGAAUCUAGGAUGGAUUUUGGAUACAGAAGUGACCAUUCUAUUGUCUGUCUUAUAAUAAAAGGAAACGCUAUUAAACGAAAUAAGCUCUUCUGGAAAUUUAAUAACUCAUUAUUGAAAGAUAGUAAAUAUAUUGAACAAAUCAAAAAGGUUGUAAAGGAAACGAAACAAAUUUAUGCUGAAGAAAAUCAAAACUUAGAUAGAAUUACAGAUAUUGAUAUAAAAUUUAAUAUAAAUGACCAACUUUUCUUUCAAACAUUGCUUAUGGAAAUUCGCGGCAAAUCAAUUUCAUAUUCCACCUUCUUAAAAAAUACAAUCAGACAAAAAAGAAAAAGAGCUUAUCGAAAAUUUGAAUAAACUUCAGGAAAAUGAACAAGAUAAUAUUGAGGACGCAAUUCGAACUAAAAUGAACGAAUUAAAUACCACAAGAGAAAAGAAAUUUAAAGGUUUAUAAAUAAGGUCAAAAGCAAUAUGGGUAGAUAAAGGAGAAAAACCUACUAAAUAUUUCUGUUUACUAGAACAUCGAAAUUAUAUUAGUAAAUGCAUGCCCAAUUUAAUAAAAUCUAAUGGGGAUACAACCGAAACCGAGCAAGAGAUUAUAAAAUAAGUCAAAUUUUUUUUAUAAAAACCUAUAUUCCGACAGAAAAAUCACAGAUAUUAACUUAAAAGAACACUUGAAUUUUAAUGAUAUUCCUAAAUAUUUUCUUGACCAAAGUAAUUCU